GUCUCCAUGGCGAGCGGACGCGGUCGGAUGCUGAGGGGAUGUUGCGGCCUCCAGGCGCAGCGAGGGUCACUUCAUGGUGGGGGCGCUACCUGGGGCAGCGCGGGACAGGCCGCGGGGCGCUCCGGGUUCAGUUUUAGAGUUAAGUUUGUUAGAGGCUCAUCUGUCUUGAAGCAGUAUGCCAGGCGAGACCAGUACAGGGAGAAGCCUUCCUUUUCCUCUUCCUCCAUCAGUUCUAUAUACCUGGACAGAAUGCCCUCGGAAAUCUUGGUGAAGAUUCUUUCAUACUUGGAUGCCGUGACCUUGGUGUGCAUUGGAUGUGUGAGCAGACGCUUUUAUCAUUUGGCCAGUGACAAUCUUAUUUGGGUCAGGAAGUAUGCAGCUGCGUUUACAUCAAAAAGGUUGCAUUGGAAAGCUACUUCAGUGGAGGAAACAGCCAGGAGUGUGAGCUUGCUGUCAGUUUGUGAUAAAGAAGAUGGAUACUGGAAGAAAGAAUAUAUUACAAAGCAGAUCUCCUCUGUGAAAGCAAACCUCACCCACAUUCUCAGUUCUGUCAACACCCGCACAGGGCUUCCUUUGAAGACCAAAGAGUCCCUCAGAAUAUCUGGCUUAGGUUGGACAAUCAUCUUAAGAGAAGCCAGUGGCAAGGAACACAUGAUGCAGCAUUCUGAUCUUUCCGUAAAUGACAACUCUGUCACUGUUUUUUGGCAUGACAAAAAUUGGCCACAUGUAGACACAUUGUCCACCCUGGAUUUGUAUGGUUCCACACCAAUUUUUAUGGAGCAGUAUAAAGGCCCUAACACAAGUUGUCCACGAUGGCUGUCUUUAAUUGAAAAGUACGAUCUGAGUAAUCUAAGCAAGUCUACUAUGAUUGGCUGCGACAGACAUGUCCGGGUAUUCUGUGUAAAUCCUGGCCUCCUGGUGGGGCUGUGGCAGGAGAAUGGUGGACUAGCUUUUGUCAUGGCAAAUAUUCAUUCCCAUGGCCUUGUGGAGAGAAGCACAAUGGGCUCAGACACUAUUCCCUAUACAUUGUCUCCCAACAACACUACAUUUGUGCAUGUCUGCCCAGACCAAUUAACCUUGUAUGGACAGAGAGCCUUUCAGCUGCAUAUCGACAUUCAUGGCAGUAAGACUUACUUCCUGUGCAGCACCUUCUACAAUCUCUUCUGCAGGAGAGCGGUCAUUAACAAUGGAUAUGUGAACUUCUUGAUGAUAAAUUUAAAAAAUAACAGAGAACACCUACCUCUUGUUGGAAAAGUUGGCCUUGAAUGGAGAACUGACAGUUUAAAUGGCCUUAUUGAGAUAAUUAAAGUCCCAAAGCAGCAGCAGAGCAUCCCCAGGACUAUCCAUCCUUACAACCACUUUGGAGCUCUUAUUAUCAUUUCAAAUAUUUACCAGUUUAAUGUUGUGUGCUUGAGAUCAGCCUGCCUCUCUGAUUUCCCGCAGCCGGCUUACUCUUUCGAGUACAUGGACAACGUAGGAAGAGUGUGCGCAGACCUAGGGUGGUUUGAAAAUACCGAUGAAUACUUCAUUGUCAGACUGGAGAUUUACCUCAGUGUAACAAAAAUACCACAAUGGUUUGGGAGGCAAUAAAUGCUGAGUUAGCAGUAGGGAGUCUUG